CCAGAUACACGCUGCGCUCUUCAAUACGAAUUGACGAAAAUACGUCUGAAUGAAAAAGACUACAACUGUACUUUCGGUUAAUUGUGAAAUACGUGUAACUUAAACUAUGAUUUAAAAGAUACACUUGAGAUAUAGGUCUGAUUCCUGAAACCGUUUCUAUAUUCAUAUACAAAGCAAGGUGAAAAAUAAAUUAAAUGUUUAGUUAUUUAGAAGAACAAGCCGAAGAAAUAGAGGCUUUAAAGUCUAUUUAUGGAGAUGAUUUAACAGAAAUAACAUCAAAUCCACCAUGCUUUAUGGUCCAUUUAUCUAAUAUUGAAGCUAUUCUUCCUAGUUCUCUACAGUUAAAGAUAACAUUGCCCACUACAUACCCAAGUGUUGUACCUAUACUUGAAAUACCAAUGAGAUCCAAUAUUUUAUCCAAUGACGAGUGUCAACAACUAGUAACACACCUUCUUCAACGGGCUGAAGAAAAUAUUGGUAUGGCCAUGAUUUUUACUUUAGUUGAUAAUGCUCAGGACUGGAUAAACGAACAUAUUCAAGUAUCACAAUCAGAAGAUAAUGGGGCGGUAGUAGAAGAACCAGUAUCGCCUAUAAAACCUAAACCGGUUAAAAUAUGUUAUGAUGUAAAAACACAGGGUGGUAAAUGGGAUUAUAUAUUGGGAUUAGUGGGUAAACCUUCAGCAGGAAAAUCUACGUUCUUUAAUGCAGCAACUAAUUUAGAUCUAGCUAAAACUGGCGCCCAUCCAUUCACCACAAUAGAACCAAAUAUAGGCAGGGCUUUUUAUUCUAUACCAUGCCCUUGUCAAAACCAUAAUAUCAAUAUAUGUAAUGCAGCUCAUGGUCAUAAUCACAAGAACGAUAGAUAUAUACCAGUACUCCUGAAAGAUGUAGCUGGUCUUGUACCUGGAGCAUCACAAGGCAAGGGUCGCGGAAACAGGUUUUUGAAUGAUCUGUUAGAUGCCGAUGUAUUAGUACAUAUAGUAGAUGUAUCUGGUAAAACUAAUGAGAAAGGUGAAGAAACGACAGAUUAUGAUCCUAGUUUAGAUAUCACGUGGAUACAAAAUGAAUUACAUCAAUGGAUAUAUGAGAAUAUAAUGGUCAAGUGGGAUAAUAUUAGGAGAAAACCAGAAAAAUUAAUUGACAUGUUUACUGGUUAUCAUGCCAGUAAAUCUCUAAUCUUUAAAGCAUUUCAACAAGCAGGAAUAACAGAGAAAGAGUUGUCCGUCUUACAUCAAUGGACAGAGGAUGUUUUACACAACCUUGUUAGCGAGUUUUUACAUCUGCGAUUUCCUAUGCUAGUGGUACUUAAUAAAUGUGAUAAACCAACAUCUUCUGAACAUAUACAAAGAAUUCAGGAGUUAUAUCCAGAUUUACCGUGUAUACCGGUAAGUUCUGACUCGGAAUCGUAUCUUCAAGCCCAGAUGAAAUUAGGCAACUUAGUGUUUGAUACAGUGUUAAAAAGGAUAACCGUACCAGACAAUGUGAAUAUUGAUGUUAAAAUUAGAGCUGGCAAUAUUCAAAACAAUGUACUAGAUAGAUAUGGAUCUACUAACGUUCACGAAGCUUUGUGUAAAGCAGUGCGUUUAAAGAAACCUGUCUAUGCCUAUCCUGUAACUUGUCUAGAUACGUUUAAAUCAAUUAGUAAAUCUGUAUCUAUAGGACAUCGUGAAGCUGAUAUAAUGAGAGAUUGUAUCUCUUUAAAACCGUCAACGACUGUAGAAGAAUUGUAUACUGUAUUAAAACAUCAUCCUGUUAGUUUAAUUACUGGGGAUUUCGUUCGAGCCGAGACUGUAGAUAAAGAGGUCUGUAAGAGACCAGUUAAAAAAGAUGAAAAGAUAGAUGAUUCGAAUUAUAUAAUUAAAAUAAUGACUACAAAACGAUCCGCAACGUCUUCAUUCGAUGCAUUCUAGAACUCCCGAUUACCCAGCAAAUUGAUUAAAGAGAAUGACCACUCUCCCUUUAUCGGAUAGGAUUUUAGUCAUACUCAAUUCAAUUUUAAAAUUAUUAGCAUUUUUAAAGACAAUUCGAUGCAUUCUAGAACUCCCGAUUACCCAGCAAAUUGAUUAAAGAGAAUGACCACUCUCCCUUUAUCGGAUAGGAUUUUAGUCAUGCUCAAUUCAAUUUUAAAAUUAUUAGUAUUUUUAAAGACAAUACAAAAUUCUGUAUGAAAAUGAAAUAGUAGAUAUUCGUUUCUUCGAAAAGGUGGUCGAUCAGUCCGCAAUUAACUCGGGAAUCGAUCAAGGGAUCACUUUCUCAAGGAAGCAUUUCACGUUCUGCUUUAUGAAUAAUUUCAGCCAAUCGUUCAGAUGUUAUUAAAAGAAAUACAGGACGCUUUUAAAUCAAGGAAAUAAAGGUGUACGAUUAUUGUGAUAGUGCUUCAAGUUAUUUUUCUCCGUCUUAACCUAGGAGCAGAUAAGACAUAAAUAUUUUUUUAUUCGAUCCACAAGGAAGGAAGCAUGUUAAUAUUUUAAUAAUGUAUUUAAAGGAGCUAAAUCGCUAAUAUUUGGGACCUAGAAAUGGACACAGAUGGGU